CACUGGCUGGGCUCAGCCGCGGCACCAGCUGCCGCACCGAGAUUACGGGGCUGCCCGCCUGGAAACCGUGCCGGAUUUGUGGCGAUUUUCAUAGCCAAGAGCCACCACCCCUGACCAUGUAGAUGCCAGCUCCAGGGAGCAGCAUGGGCCCCGCUGAAUGGAGACUCCUGGGUCUACAGCCCUGAGCCCCUCCGGCCCCUGGACCUUGCCCCACGCCCGGGGACGCCCCUCAGAGCCCACCGCCACUGUCGCCAGCCCACCUCGGCUGCCCCCUGGAGUCAGCUGCCAGGAGCCACAGCCGUCCAGUGAGGUUGUGCUGAGGACAGCCACACGGAGCCAUCGCCUGGCAGCCUCCUGUCCAGCACUGACCCUCGGACCCACCCCGAGCGGGGACUGCGGCAGACAUGGGUGACAUGACCAACAGUGACUUUUACUCCAAAAACCAAAGAAAUGAGUCGAGCCAUGGGGGCGAGUUUGGGUGCACGAUGGAGGAGCUGCGCUCCCUCAUGGAGCUGCGGGGCACCGAGGCCGUGGUCAAGAUCAAGGAGACCUACGGGGACACUGACACCAUCUGCCGGCGCCUCAAAACCUCACCUGUCGAAGGUUUGCCAGGCACCGCUCCAGACCUGGAAAAGAGAAAGCAGAUUUUUGGGCAAAACUUUAUACCUCCAAAGAAGCCAAAAACCUUCCUGCAGCUCGUUUGGGAGGCACUGCAAGAUGUGACGCUGAUCAUCCUGGAAAUCGCGGCCAUCAUCUCCCUGGGGCUAUCUUUCUACCACCCACCCGGUGAAAACAACGAAGGAUGUGCAACGGCCCAGGCGGGGGCAGAAGAUGAAGGGGAGGCGGAGGCAGGCUGGAUCGAGGGGGCCGCCAUCCUCCUCUCGGUCAUCUGCGUGGUCCUGGUCACGGCCUUCAAUGACUGGAGCAAAGAGAAACAGUUCCGGGGCCUGCAGAGCCGCAUUGAACAGGAGCAGAAGUUCACCGUGGUCCGGGCUGGCCAGGUGGUCCAGAUCCCUGUGGCUGAGAUCGUGGUUGGGGAUAUCGCCCAGGUCAAAUAUGGCGACCUCCUCCCCGCAGAUGGCCUCUUCAUCCAGGGCAAUGACCUCAAGAUCGAUGAAAGCUCCCUGACGGGGGAGUCUGACCAGGUGCGCAAGUCUGUGGACAAGGACCCCAUGCUGCUGUCAGGGACUCAUGUGAUGGAGGGCUCUGGACGGAUGGUGGUGACCGCCGUGGGUGUGAACUCUCAGACCGGCAUUAUCUUUACGCUGCUGGGGGCCGGCGGUGAGGAGGAAGAGAGGAAGGACAAGAAAGCCAAACAGCAGGACGGGGCGGCCGCCAUGGAGAUGCAGCCCCUCAAGAGUGCCGAGGGCGGCGACACUGACGACAAGAAGAAGGCCAGCGCGCACAAGAAGGAGAAGUCGGUGCUGCAGGGCAAGCUCACCAAGCUGGCUGUGCAGAUCGGCAAGGCGGGUCUGGUGAUGUCAGCCAUCACGGUGAUCAUCCUGGUGCUCUACUUCACCGUGGACACCUUCGUGGUCAACCAGAAGCCGUGGCUGCCUGAGUGCACGCCCGUCUACGUGCAGUACUUUGUCAAGUUCUUCAUCAUUGGUGUGACGGUGCUGGUGGUCGCCGUGCCCGAGGGGCUCCCUCUGGCUGUCACCAUCUCACUGGCCUACUCGGUGAAGAAAAUGAUGAAGGACAACAACCUGGUCCGCCACCUGGACGCCUGUGAGACCAUGGGCAAUGCCACGGCCAUCUGCUCGGACAAGACGGGCACACUCACCACCAAUCGCAUGACGGUGGUUCAGGUUUACGUGGGCGACGUCCAUUACAAGGAGAUCCCCGACCCCAGCUCCAUCAACGCCAAAACCAUGGAGCUGCUGGUCAGCGCCAUUGCCAUCAACAGCGCCUACACCACCAAGAUUCUGCCCCCGGAGAAGGAGGGCGCCCUGCCCAAGCAGGUGGGCAACAAAACAGAGUGCGGCCUGCUGGGCUUCGUGCUGGACCUGAAGCAGGACUACGAGUCUGUGCGCGGCCAGAUGCCGGAGGAAAAGCUGUACAAGGUGUACACCUUCAACUCCGUGCGCAAGUCCAUGAGCACCGUAAUCAAGCUGCCCGACGAGAGCUUCCGCAUGUACAGCAAGGGCGCUUCGGAGAUCGUGCUCAAGAAGUGCUGCAAAAUCCUCAACGGGGCUGGUGAGCCCCGGGUCUUCCGGCCCCGCGACCGGGAUGAGAUGGUAAAGAAGGUGAUUGAGCCCAUGGCCUGCGACGGGCUCCGCACCAUCUGCGUGGCUUACCGCGACUUACCCGGCAGCCCCGAGCCCGACUGGGACAACGAGAAUGACAUACUCAACGACCUCACCUGUAUCUGCGUGGUGGGCAUCGAGGACCCCGUGCGGCCCGAGGUCCCGGAAGCCAUCCGCAAGUGCCAGCGAGCAGGCAUCACUGUCCGCAUGGUCACCGGUGACAAUAUCAACACAGCCCGGGCCAUCGCCAUCAAGUGUGGCAUCAUCCAUCCUGGGGAGGACUUCCUGUGCCUUGAGGGCAAGGAGUUCAACCGGAGAAUCCGCAAUGAGAAAGGGGAGAUUGAGCAGGAACGAAUCGACAAGAUCUGGCCAAAGCUGCGGGUGCUGGCUCGCUCCUCCCCCACGGACAAGCAUACCCUGGUCAAAGGCAUCAUCGACAGCACACACACGGAGCAGCGGCAGGUGGUGGCCGUGACGGGGGACGGCACCAACGACGGACCCGCGCUCAAGAAGGCCGAUGUGGGCUUCGCCAUGGGCAUCGCAGGCACGGAUGUGGCCAAGGAGGCCUCGGACAUCAUCCUGACGGAUGACAACUUUAGCAGCAUCGUCAAGGCGGUGAUGUGGGGCCGCAAUGUCUACGACAGCAUCUCCAAAUUCCUGCAGUUCCAGCUGACGGUCAACGUGGUGGCCGUGAUCGUGGCCUUCACGGGCGCCUGCAUCACGCAGGACUCCCCUCUGAAGGCCGUGCAGAUGCUCUGGGUGAACCUCAUCAUGGACACGUUCGCCUCGCUGGCGCUGGCCACCGAGCCACCCACGGAGACCCUGCUUCUGAGGAAGCCAUACGGCCGCAACAAGCCCCUCAUCUCGCGGACCAUGAUGAAGAACAUCCUGGGCCACGCCGUCUACCAGCUAACCCUCAUCUUCACCCUGCUCUUUGUUGGCGAGAAGAUGUUCCAGAUCGACAGCGGGAGGAACGCGCCGCUGCACUCGCCGCCCUCCGAGCACUACACCAUCAUCUUCAACACCUUUGUCAUGAUGCAGCUCUUCAACGAGAUCAACGCCCGCAAGAUCCACGGCGAGCGCAACGUCUUCGACGGCAUCUUCCGGAACCCCAUCUUCUGCACCAUUGUGCUGGGCACCUUCACCAUCCAGAUAGUGAUCGUGCAGUUCGGCGGGAAACCGUUCAGCUGCUCUCCGCUGCAGCUGGACCAGUGGUUGUGGUGCAUAUUCAUCGGGUUAGGAGAGCUUGUCUGGGGCCAGGCCAUCGCCAGCAUCCCGACCAGCAGGCUCAAGUUCCUCAAGGAGGCGGGCGGGCUCACGCAGAAGGAGGAGAUGCCGGAGGAGGAGCUGAGCGAGGACGUGGAGGAGAUAGACCACGCCGAGCGGGAGCUGCGGCGGGGCCAGAUCUUGUGGUUCCGAGGCCUGAACCGGAUCCAGACCCAGAUCCGCGUGGUGAAGGCGUUCCGUAGCUCUCUCUAUGAAGGUCUAGAAAAGCCUGAGUCUCGAACCUCCAUCCAUAAUUUCAUGGCUCAUCCUGAAUUCCGGGUCGAAGAUUCACAGCCCCACAUUCCCCUCAUCGACGACACCGACCUGGAAGAAGAUGCCGCGCUCAAGCAGAACUCGAGCCCGCCGUCCUCGCUCAACAAGAACAACAGCGCCAUCGACAGCGGGAUCAACCUGACGACCGACACAAGCAAAUCAGCUACCUCUUCAAGUCCAGGGAGCCCCAUCCACAGCCUGGAGACGUCGCUUUAGCUGAGGACCC